GUCAAGGCCUCAGCGCUCAUCGCUGAGGCUGCAAAUGUGCUGCAGUCCCGGUCGAGCAGUGGCCACAAUUCCGUGCCAACGCCUCGCCCCAGAGGCGAUCGAAGCGGGCCAGGCCUUUCCGAGCGUGGACCUCCAAGAAGCAAAUCUCAGGGCACGAGGCAGUUGGCCCGGAUCGAGGGGGUUGUGACGGAGAUCCAGCGAGAGCUUCACGAGGUCCGAAUCCUCUCUGACAGCUUUGAGGUGGAGGCCGACUUAGAGAAGACUGGUCUGCAACUUCAAGCACCGGCCCAGAGUCAGCCGGUGCUACGCUACUCCACCCUGGGCACCCUGGACACCCUGGGCAUGGAGUCAUUAGACCGCAAGUGGCGAGCCAAUGCAGAGCACAUCCUCAAGAUCGAGUCAAGCUGGGCGCAGCGCGUCAAGGAUGCGGAAGAGGCGACGUCAAUGUCGGACGAGCGAGCACGUUUUGCCGAGGAAGCCCAUGGACGCCUACUUCGUGAGAAAGCUGAGAUGGUGGAU